AUGCUAGACCAUGACGUCCUCGACGUAUUCGGUCAAACUCCGGGCCUCUACAAGUUGUACACGCAAUUAUGCUCCGUGUAUGCUAUUUCCGACACGUCCUCUCAUGAUACCAUCAUCGACAUCUUGAUAAACGGGCUUGACCAGUUGGCAAAGAGCUUUCCAUGGCUUACUGGCCAAGUUGUCAACGAGGGCGCAGGGGAUGGUCAUACGGGUGUCUUCAAAAUCACCCCACUUGACAAGAUCCAGCUCGUGGUGAAAGAUCUACGACCUGACUCUUCAGCCCCGACAAUGAACAGUCUUCGUCAAGCCAAUUACCCAUUUACCAUGUUCGACGAAAACGUCAUUGCUCCUUGCACAACUCUCAAUCUCCCGGAUAACCCGCCGAGUAUCACAUCGGAGUCAGCGUUGGUCUUUUGUGUCCAGGCGAAUUUCAUUGAGGGCGGUCUGAUGCUCACCACUGUCACUCAACACAAUGUUAUGGACAUGACUGGCCACGACUUUAUUAUGCGUUUAUUAUCUAAGGCAUGCAAAAAUGAACCAUUCACCAACGAGGAGCUCACUAUCGGGAACAUGAACCGGAGUCGUGCCAUUCCUUUACUGGACGACUCAUACACCCCGGGCCCUGAGCUCGCCCAUCAAAUUGUGAAACCCCCACCAAGCAACAGUGAUACUGCCUCGGAUCCCGUAGUACCACCACAGUCGACUUGGGCCUACAUUGAAUUGUCUGCAACGCAGCUCAAUGCCUUGAAGUCAUUAGCUACCAAGACACUCCCGCCAUCCACAACCUUUAUCUCCACAGAUGAUGCGAUCAGCGCUUUUAUCUGGCAGUGCAUUGCACGGGCUCGAGCUUCGCGUCUGGGGGCAACCUCUAAGUCAAUGCUUGCACGUGCCGUUGAUGUCCGACAGCGCCUUGGCAUGCCAAAAGCCUACCCCGGUCUCGUUCAGGCCAUGACAUACAACACAGGCACAAUCCGGCAAAUAUCAGAAGAGCCAUUGGGCAUUGUUGCAGCACAAAUUCGAUCCCAGCUCGAUCCCAAGAACAAUGACUUGGCAUUUAAUACAAGUGCCCUCGCUACAUUCCUCAGUCGCUCUCAUGAUCGAACCAAGGCUUCAAUUACUGCUUCGGUUGAUGUUUCAUCGGAUUUUAUGCUAAGUUCGUGGUCACGUAUUAGUUGCUACGAACUUGAUUUUGGCCUCGGGCUAGGAAAGCCGGAAGCUGUUCGGCGGCCGCAUUUUACUCCUUUUGAAGGAUUGGGGUAUUUAAUGCCUCGAUCGCCAGCGGGUGAGUUGCAAGCUGCUAUUUGUCUGAGAGAUGAAGAUUGGGAUGGAUUCAAGGCAGACGAGGAGUUUACCAAGUAUGCCACACAUAUUGGGUGA